GGCACCGUCAUUUACGAUUCAAUCACCGAUCUAGUCUUCUUUUACGAUAUCAAUCUUGUCGUCAAUAGCCAUGAAUCUCUGGCUAUUGGCCUUCGCGGCCCUGGCUGCCAUGCCAAAAGUGUUGGGUCAGGAUGCUAGUUCGGCCUCUUCUUCUGCACUCCAAGCCGUGGCUGAGAUGCCUGCAUGUGCCCGAGAAUGUCUCGCAACAUCGAUCACCAAGUCACAUUGCGAUUUGACAAAUACAACUUGCGUAUGCACAAACCCGAUAUUGCAACAGACCAUGCAGGCAUGUGUCUUAGAGAGCUGCACCAUCAAACAAGCGUUAUCAACGAUGAAUUUAACAGCUGUAGGCUGUGAUCAGCCUAUCAGAGAUCGAUCCCGAGCAUACAUCAUCCUCAACGACGCCUUCGGCACCGUGUCCGGUCUUUUUGUGCUUCAACGGGUUGCUUACAAGAUCUGGUCUAAAGUAGGCAUGGGUGGUGAUGAUUGGAUGGCCGUUGCUACCAUUCUAGUUGGAAUCCCAAGUACCGUCAUCAGCGCCUAUAAAGUGUCGAAUCACGGCCUGGGUCGCGAUAUCUGGACCUUGACACCCUCGCAGAUUACCGAUUUUGGCCUUUACUUCUGGAUCAUGGAGAUUCUCUAUUUCCUUGAAGUCUCCAUGCUCAAGCUCUCCCUUUUGCUUUUCUAUAUCCGCAUCUUCCCAGGCAAAACAGUGCGCGGAAUUCUUUGGACCACAUUCGCAGCUUGCUCAGCUUUUGGUCUCUCGUUUGCCUUGGUUGCCGUAUUUCAAUGUACGCCGGUUAAAUUUUACUGGGAAAAAUGGGACGGAGAGCACCAUGGCACGUGUCUAAACAUCAAUUCCAUUGCCUGGUCAAAUGCUGCGAUUAGCAUAGCGAUCGAUAUAUGGGUGCUGGCCAUUCCUCUAUGGCAGCUCAAGGACCUCAACCUGGACUGGAGACGCAAGGUUGGUGUCGGAAUGAUGUUUUGCAUCGGUGCUUUCGUUACCGUUGUCAGUAUCCUACGCCUUAGGUCCCUUAUUAAAUUCGGCUCCGACAGCCUUAAUCCUACUUGGGACUUCUUCGACGUUAGCAUCUGGUCUGUCGUGGAGAUCAAUGUCGGCCUUAUAUGCGUUUGCUUGCCUUCUUUCCGCGUUCUGCUUGUUCGCCUCUUCCCGAAGCUCCAAGGUACCACUGAAAGGUACGCGAGAAGCUCAAGACGCAAUCGAUCGUCGAAUAAGCGAGUGAGCCGCCUUCCAUUGGGACACAGUGCCGGAUCACAGGUGGAUAGAUCAAUGUCUCAUCCCAAUGUUGGACCCAACCGAAUAGCCUUUCAAAGAUCGUAUACGGUUGAGUAUGGAGAUACCGAUGAGGUUCAACUUGUAUCGAUACAUGAUAAACUAAGCGCCAAGUCAGACGCCAGAUCAGAUACCUCAUGACGAGGCAUAAUUUGGCCACAUUGGAUUCUUUUUAUUUCCUUACUCUCCUUUGUUUUUUCUAUAUGCUCGGCCUUUACUGGAGAUGCAAGCAAAAAACUGGAAUCUAGGCUUGGAGAUUAUCUACCUGGUUUGACCACACACAUAUGUAAUGGGUGCUGGCCUUGAUUAUCGGAGUUUGGGUGGACAAAAGGUGACAUUUACGAUUUAAUGAUAUAAUAAGAAGGGCGUUUGUUGGAUAGCGCUAAACAGAGGAAUCGAGGUUCCAUUCUAUGUACAAAUGCGAAUUAGAGCUCGAACACGAGCCCGUUAUUUUUGGUUACAUCUUUUAUGCACAACUGAACAGAGGGAGAGUGAUGGAU